ACAAAUUGGUCUAAUUGACUUCAAAAAAUUUAAAAAAAUGUCAGUAAAUUAGGAUACAUGUAUUACUAUCUUAUCGUAACUUCAUUCUUCAUACUGCUAUGGUGUUUUCUUUGUUUUUGUAUAAAUAUAUUGCAAUCCUUUCCAAUGGAUAUAUCGUUGAUUUUCUGUUAAAACAAACUUGCCAUUUUCUCUCUCACACAACUCUUCCUCUUAGCUCCAUGUUAAAGAAAAAGCCAAUGAAUGGUAUGAGAGAGUUCUGUUCCUAAGUCCUAAGUGGGGUUUGGUUUUAUUGUCCCUUUUUAUGCGUGUUCUUUGCGUGUUUUCGAAACAGUCGGUUUUUCAUUGUAUAAAAGACGAAAAAGAAAAUAAAGCUUUGUUUAUUUAUAUUUUGAUUUGGUUUGAUUAACGUUUGUAUCCUUGUCAAUAUUGAUUGGCGCUUCUAGAAAUUCCUAGUAAGAAGGAAAAUUCAAUUAUGGUUUCGAUUUGAGAAAGAUAAAGUUGUCUUUGUUCUUUUAACUUUUGGAAACUGAACCCAAAAAUGGGUUCUCGAAUCUGAAUACUGUGGGCGGUUUCUGCGGGUACAGUUCUUCGCAUUGUGUGUGUGUGUGUGUGUUUUCUGACCAAAUUUCAGAGUGGAACUGUUGUAAUGGGAUCCCCUGCAAUGUCUAUUGAUGAGGUUGUGGAAGAUAUCAUGAGACUCAACAAAUCUCUACCAAUAAGGCCAGGAAUUGAUGAAGUUGAAGCAGCAAAAAGUUUAAUUAUGAAUGUCGACAAGGAGGAAAAAAUGAAGCUAGAGACAAUAGGGCGGCAAAACAAACGAAAAGAUGUUCCAGGAGAGCUAUUCAAAAUAUUGCAAGAGAUGCAGAGGAAUUCAACUGAAUUUCAAAGUAAAGAACAGAAGAGAGGGGCAUUGAAACUGUUAGAUCUCGAAAAUGUUCAUUAUCUGUUCGAUGAAUUGAUUCAAAGAGCUUCAAAAUGCUUGUCCGCCAAUACAUCUUCAGCUUCUUCAAGGAAUUCGAGUAGUUUGUCUUUGGCAAAUUCAUCUUCCUUCUCUGGUAGCAGUUUCAAUUCUCCGGCAACUACAUCGACCACUACGAGCUUUUAUAGUGAGAAGGAACCUGUUAAAGUGUCUGAACUGGUUACAAGAGACGAUAGUUACUUGAAGAAGGCGACAACCUCGUUUCAAAUGGAUGGCAUCAGUGUUGGGGUUCGAUCGGGGAACGCUUCUUCUGCGCCCCAGAUUGUCGAUUCCACUUUGAAGUCUACUACUGGUGAAGAUGGUGAAAAAAUGAGCUUGAUAAAGCUUGCUAGUUUGAUAGAAGUAUCAGCCAAAAAAGGAACCAAGGAGCUAAUUCUUCAAAGGAAAUUGUCAGAACAAUUAGAAUGGAUUCCAGAUUCUCUUGGGAAGCUAUCAAAUUUAAUGACUUUGGAUUUGUCUGAUAAUCGAAUUGCUGUGCUGCCAACUACCAUCGGGGGCCUUUCAUCAUUGCAAAAGCUAGAUUUACAUGGAAAUAAAAUUGUUGAACUUCCCGAUUCAGUAGGAGAUCUGCUUAACUUGGUCUAUCUUGAUCUAAGUGGAAAUAGUCCGAAGACAUUGCCUUUGACUUUAGCGCGGUUAACUCACCUUGAGGAACUCGAUCUUAGCUCUAACAUGCUAUCUGUGCUCCCCGAGACAGUGGGUUCCCUUGUCAGUCUCAGAAAACUGACCGUCGAGACUAAUGACCUUGAGGAACUUCCUCACACUAUUGGUCAAUGUACUUCACUCAAAGAGCUUCGUGCUGACUAUAACCGUCUUAAAGCUCUUCCUGAAGCUGUGGGACGAAUAGGUUCUUUGGAGAUUCUAUCCGUGCGGUACAAUAACAUCAGGCAAUUGCCUACAACUAUGGCAUCCUUAACAAGUUUGAAAGAGCUCAAUGUUAGUUUCAAUGAGCUUGAAUCAGUGCCUGAGAGUUUGUGCUUUGCCACCACACUCGUAAAGCUGAACAUUAGCAACAAUUUUGCGGACCUGCAAUCACUCCCUAGGUCCAUAGGAAACCUUGAGAUGCUUGAGGAGCUGGAUAUGAGUAACAACCAGAUACGAAUUAUUCCAGAUUCAUUUAGGAUGCUUUCGCGUUUGCGUGUACUAAAGACAGAAGGAAAUCCUCUUGAAGUGCCACCAGGAAAUGUUGUUGAGAUGGGAGCGCAGGCUGUUGUGCAGCAUAUGGCUGAUCUUGUUGAGAAGAGGGAUGUGAAGCCACAGCCAGUUAAGCAGAAGAAAUCAUGGGCUCAGAUAUGCUGCUUUUCAAGAUCAAACAAACGUAAGCGCAAUGGUAUAGACUAUAUCCAAGCAUGACAUACUGCUGCUUCUAUAUUUGUCUGUGAAACUGAGCUGUGAUUGUGCUGGAAUAGAGCUGCCAUUCCUCUUGAAUUCCACCCCUGGCCUGCCAACAGAAUUAUCAGUUUUCUUGGGUGUUCCAGAUCUGGCUCUGAUCCUUAAAUGCCACAUGUUUAUUUCUUUUCUUUUUGCGAUUUUGUUUUUUUCCCUUGUAAUUCUUUCAUCCUUUCUGUUGUAUUUGCCUCUACUGAUUGUUUAUGUUCUAAAAUCAGUUGUAUAAUGACCCGGCAAUGAAGAGGGAGAAAUAUCUGUUGUCGUCGAUUUCUCUCAAUGUUAAUGAAUUAUUACCAGUUGACUUCUUAUUGAA